AUGGAUAUCCACCGCUGCCGCUUCAUACCAUACAAUCCGCAAGCGAUCAAUGCGCUCGCAUUCUCGCACCCGCCCUCAGUUGGGCUCAGCGGAAAGGGUGUGUCCACCCUCCGCCUCGCGGUUGGACGCGCCAACGGCGACAUCGAAUUAUGGAAUCCCAUGCGCGGCGCAUGGUUCCAAGAAGCCAUCUUGCACGGCGGAAAGGACAGGAGCAUAGAGGGUCUAGCAUGGACGCUAGACCAGCCGGAGGAAGGACCGGACGGACAAAAGCUUGCGGGUCGCCUGCGACUCUUCAGCAUUGGGUACUCGACGACAGUAACAGAGUGGGAUCUUGAACAGGGUCGGCCGAAGCGGCACUCGAGCGGAAGCUAUGGGGAGAUGUGGUGUCUUGCUGCACAGCCAAGGUGGCAGCCUACAAAGGGAAGGGACAUGAAGCCGCUUCCGCCUGCGGAGGGGGAGUUUACGGGCCAGCAUCUUGCUGCUGGGUGCGCGGAUGGGUCAAUCGUGAUAUUGUCAACCGCUGACGAUGAUUUGAAGUUCUUGAAGAUCUUGAGGCCGUCGACGAAAAGGCCGAGAGUACUGAGUGUGACCUUCCAGGAUCGAAAUACUAUUGUGGCUGGGUAUGCGGAUAGCUCGAUUCGGGUGUUUGACAUCCGGAGUGGGCAGCUCUUGCGCACAAUCAGUCUUGGAAAGGGUCCGACCGGAGGCUCGAAGGAGCUGCUGGUUUGGUCAGUGAAGUGUCUGCCGGAUGGCACCGUUGUUUCUGGAGACUCUGCCGGUGAAGUCCGGUUCUGGGACGCGAAGAACUACUCUCUCAUCCAACGGCUACAAGGACACCUGGCCGAUACACUGGAUGUCGCAGUCAGUGCCGACGGAGAAACUGUCCUUAGUGGCGGUGCAGACCAGAGGACUGUGGUCUACAGGAAGACGGUCGGCGAGAAGGGCGACAAGAGCAGCAGAUGGGCGGAGGUGACACACCGAAGGUACCAUACUCACGAUGUGAAAACGUUUGCUGUUUAUGAGACGAAGAACCUGAGCAUCGUCGUCUCUGGAGGACCUGAUGCCAGCCCCGUUGUCUUGCCCCUACGUGAAUUCGGAAAAGAACACCACCGAAACCUCCCAAGCCUUCCUCAGAUUCCACCAGUCGUUUCCGCACCUUCCUCCCGCCUUGUGAUGAGCUACUGGGAUAGAGAGGUGAACAUUUGGCGAGUGUCCCGGGGCCCUACUUCAUUACAUGAAGUCCUUGAUGGACAACGGCACAGGCUUGUUGGGAAAGUCAUGAUUCAGGGCGAAGAAAACAUCACCUCCGCGACACUAUCCAGCGACGGGAAGAUCCUUGUCGUUGCCACGAUCUCCAGUGUCAAAGUGUUUUCCGUGCGACGACGCAAGGGCGAUGAACGGGGUACACUCCGCGUGCAGAAAUUGGAUGCCCCAGAUACACUUUCUGAAGACGGAGCGCGACUUGUCACACUCUCGCCAGACAGCAGAUGGCUUUCUAUAGUGCGGCCGAACAGUGACAUUUGCCUCGCCAGAGUCAAACCCGCUUCGUCUCCUACAGAGAAAACCGAAAUCCUGCCCAAACUAGUCAACCUUUCCAGAGCCCCUCGUCACACUCGCUUUGAGAACAUCUCGCACGGAACGCUCGGUACAUAUGAACGAACUGUCCGCUGCGUCGUCUUUUCACAUAACAGCAAGAUCCUCGCCUCGGGCGACCUCUCCGGCUGCAUUGACACGUGGUCCCUAGAAGAGGCUACCGAAGCCACAACUAAAAAGACAAGUACUACCGCCGAGUCAGACGACGAGUCGUCCGAUGACGAUGACGAGGAAGAUUACCCUAUAAUCGAAGGCGAGCGCUGGCGCGCUGUCGCCAGCGACUCCCCCAUCCCUCGCCUCAAGGCCAGCGUCGCCCUCCUAUCCUUCCGCCCCCCCAGCCCCAAUGCCACUCAACAGUCACUUCUAACAAACGGCUCUUCAAAUGCCACUACGGCGAACACAGGCGAAUCCCGCCUAGUGGCCCUCACAACAGAACAUCAGCUCGUUGAAUUCGAUGCCCUAGAGGGCAAACUCUCUGAAUGGUCACGACGAAACCCCAAGGCCUUCCUCCCGGCGGACUUCAAGGGCGUCAAGGACCGCGCCAUGGGCUGCUUCUGGGACCUGUCAGACGCCACCCGGGAACGCCUGUGGCUCUACGGCACCUCCUGGCUCUGGAUGUUCGAUCUAAAGCACGAUUUCCCGUCGACCGAAGAACUGGCCGAGGUAGCCACCCAAGAAGACUCCACCAACGCCACGGGAACGCCAAAGAAGAAACAAUCGCACAAGCGCAAACGCGAAAUCACGGAGGACGGCGAAGGAAAGCGCGGCAGCAAACCAAACAAGAAAUCCAACACCGGCGCAGGCGACCGGAUCCCACUCGCCGAAUCAACCGUCUUCUUCGACCAGAAGGCCCGCGAGUUUGUUGGACCAGACGCUUCCACCGGUGAAUGGGUCUCGCUCGAGAAGGAGCGUCCCGUCGACGAAGAGGGCGAAGACGACGAAUACAAUGAGAACAACGAUAUCCGCCUCGCGCAGCUCAGGAGGGCAGAUGGCACCAAUGCCACUGGCAGCAGCAGCAGCGGUGGCAAGGCCAAGUCCAACGGCACGCCUAGCAAACAGAUUGUGAAAUCCUCCGACUCCCAGUCUGCGCCUCCGCGUCGCUGGUGGUUUACGUACAAGUACCGGGGGAUUCUGGGAAUCGUACCGCUGAGCUCCUCUGCGUCGAGUUCCACUGAUACGGGUCUCGAUCUCGAUCUCGCCGGCGAGUCCGUCGAGGACGCCACCGCCAGUAACGGCGUCGAAGUUGCCGUUGUCGAGCGGCCGAUGUGGGACGUUGACCUUUCGGACCGAUACGUGCGCGAGUACGAGUAG